AUGGUAUCGACAUUAAAUGAACGCGAUAUCGUUAUGGCGAUGGAGGCAAUGGCUAAAGAUAAAAAUUUAAGCCUCCGGAAAGCUGCCAAGAUUUACAAUAUUACUCAUACGACACUCAUGCGUAGAAUGAAAGGGAUCACUCCUGCCUCCGAAUAUCGUCAAAAACAGCAUAAAAUUACUAAAAUUGAAGAGGAGGUUAUUAUUCAGCAUAUAAUCGAUAUGGAUGAGCGAGGAUUUAAUCCUAAAUUCAUAAGUGUUGAAAGUAUGGCGAAUCACAUUCUUGAAUCGAGGGGUAGAAAGCGUAUUGGUAAACAAUGGGCAUAUCGAUUCGUGAAUCGAUACAAUAUUCUAAAAACGCAUUUUAAUCAUGUCUACGAUUUCCAAAGGGCUUUCUACAAGGAUCCUAAACUUAUUAAUAAGUGGUUUCAAUUAUUCAAAAAUAUAAAGGCAAAAUAUGGAAUAUAG